UCGAGGAGCUUCGUUUCCUAUUGCAGAACCAGGACGCAUCCAAAAAGGAUCUAUUUUCAGGUCCAAUGGAGCAAAUGGUGGCUGAAAAUGGAGUUCAAAAGGUUGAGUUGCUUGCUGCGAUUAAUGAUGACCAUGGAGGUGUCAUAGUGGAAAUGAAGGAGUCGAUGGACUCCAAGGUCUUUCUUUCAUUGCUUAGAGCUUCAUUAUCACAUUGGAAGCUACAGGGCAAAAGGGGUGUUUGGAUAAAAUUGCCCAUUGAACUUGCAAAUCUUGUUGAAACUGCAGUUAAGGAGGGAUUCUGGUUCCACCAUGCCGAGCCUCAUUACCUUAUGCUUGUUUACUGGAUUCCAGAAACUGCUAAUACCAUCCCUGCAAAUGCUACACACCGAGUACGUGUUGGUGCUAUUGUCUUGAAUGACAAGAGAGAGUUGCUUGUAGUCCAGGAGAAAAGCGGCAAAUUCCAAGGAACAGGUGUGUGGAAGAUCCCUACUGGAGUUCUUGAUGAGGGUGAGGAUAUCUUUGCUGCAGCAACAAGAGAAGUAAAAGAAGAAACUGGAAUCGAUACAGAGUUUGUUGAAAUACUAGCAUUCAGGCAAUCCCACAAGUCAUUCUUUGAGAAGUCAGACUUAUUCUUUAUAUGCAUGUUGCGCCCACUCUCUUUUGGCAUCCAGAAGCAAGAACUAGAAAUUGAGGCAGCCCAGUGGAUGCCAUUUGAGGACUAUGCAGCUCAACCUUUUGCUCAGAAACACAGUGUUUUCAAGUAUAUUAAUGAAUUAUGCUUAGCCAAGAUAGACAGAAGCUACAAUGGUUUUUCUCCGAUGCCAAUGACAUCAUUUUUCAAUGAUCAGAUAAGUUAUUUGUAUUUGAACAACCAGGAUUUCAACCAGCAAAAUUCUACUGUGGAUUCCUGAAGAAUUAGUGUCAAUUGUUAUAGUAUUUCUCUCAUAAUCAAUUGCUCAGCUUUCUCGAAUAGACCGAGUGAAAGAAGAAUUUAUAGUUUAUGUGAUUCAUCUCUUAUUGCUGCUGCCAUGACAUGGACUAUGAGUAUGAAAAUUUUGCUAUGAAGUGCUCCGAAUGGCAAUAACAUGAGGA